AUGACCCCAUUCUCGCCUCGUUCACCUUCAUUUCCGCCAGGCUCAACCCAGGCCGAAGUCCUUUGGCGGGACGACAACUUCACCGCGUAUCGAGAAAAGGCAAACCCUGUAUCGUCCAAAGGACACAUUAUCAUUGCGUUCAAUCUCCAUGUACCAUCAGUAUACAGCCUCUCCUCAACCGACUUGCCUUUACUAGCCAAUAUACGGAACCUUGCAACCAGAUUGAUCGCCUCCCUACUCCCUGCAUCGACCCCCGUCACGCCUUCAACAGCAGCACCCCCAGUUCCCCUGCAAGACCCCAACAAUCAAUUCCGCAUUGGUUUCAUUACCCCGCCAUUCAAAGACAACAAGAUUCCUGUGACUGACCACCUACACGCUCAUGCCUACAUCGGCCCGGCGGACCUCGCAGGCUGGUGGCGAUCAGUUGCAUAUGGCCCUCUUGCAUGGUACGCCAUUGAGGAUUUGAUUGCUGAAAUCCGGGAAUCUGUUACCAAUAACCGCAUUAAAUCUGGUUACGAGAACCGUGUCCGAGCACCUAUAGACCUGGUCCCGUCCGCGGGCGCAAGGGCUGGGAAUGCCGACGGCGUAGAAACCACAGAAGCUGGGAUCGCGAGUAUUGACUCUCGCCUAGAGGAUGGCGAGGCUCCUCACACUCCUUCAAACACGAGCCCUGAUUCGUCUCAAUAUCUAUCACCUCAAAGUCAAAUACCCCACCUACGAGUCUAG